AGGGCGACAGAGCGGAGCGGAGCCUAGAGGAGAGCAGAGUUUUCCCGAUACGUGAGACGCUGUGUCCCGGUGUCGGAAAUUAUCACUCAGUAUUCUGGGAUUUACAUUUGCAACCAGACAAGUGGCUGCAGGUUAAAGCUGCUUCUUUGCCCUUCUGUGAGAGGAGCGACCCGGACACGACGUUAACAGGAGCAGCCGGCUGCAGCCCAGCUGAAGAUGUCUGAUAAUGGGGAGGUUGAGGACAAGCCUCCAGCUCCGCCCAUGAGGAACACCAGCACCAUGAUUGGCUCCUGCAACAAGGAUCCCGCCCCCCUCAACCAUGGCUCCAAGCCACUUCCGCCAAACCCCGAGGACAAGAAGAAGAAAGACCGCUCGAUCAGAUUCAUCCUGACGGGAGGAGGCGAUAAGACCUAUAAGAAGAAGGAGCGUCCAGAGAUUUCUCUGCCGUCUGAUUUCGAGCACACCAUCCAUGUCGGCUUUGAUGCUGUUACCGGGGAGUUCACAGGCAUGCCGGAGCAGUGGGCUCGGCUCCUUCAGACGUCCAACAUCACCAAACUGGAGCAGAAGAAGAAUCCUCAGGCCGUCUUAGAUGUUUUAAAGUUCUACGACUCAAAAGACACGGCCAACAGCCAGAAAUACAUGAGCUUCACAGAUAAAAACGCAGAUGCCUACAGCUCCUCCAACACAACGAGCUCCAAGGCCGUGUCGGAGACCCCCGCCAUAGCCACUGUAUCCGAGGAUGACGAUGAAGAUGAGGCCGAGCCCCCGCCGGUGAUUGCCCCCCGACCAGAACACACCAAAUCAAUAUACACUCGCUCAGUCAUCGAGCCUCUCCCUACUCCUCCGACCAAAGAUGCUGCGACCUCUCCCAUCUCCCCACCGACGGCCGCCGCCGCUGCUGUCACCCCCGCUGUCCCUUCUGCAGAAGGAGCUCCCAGCAGCCCUCCCAGUGCGAGCCCCGCCCCCGGGCCUUCCGUGCCCCGCCCCCAGGACAAAACCAGGAAGAAGAAGAUGUCGGACGAGGAGAUCCUCGAGAAACUACGGACGAUCGUAAGUGUGGGAGACCCCAAGAAGAAAUAUACUCGCUUUGAGAAGAUCGGACAGGGGGCGUCUGGGACCGUGUACACAGCUAUAGACAUCGCUACAGGACAGGAGGUGGCCAUUAAACAGAUGAACCUGCAGCAGCAGCCAAAGAAGGAGCUGAUCAUCAAUGAGAUUCUGGUGAUGAGGGAAAAUAAGAACCCGAACAUCGUCAACUACCUGGACAGUUACCUUGUGGGUGACGAGCUGUGGGUGGUGAUGGAGUACCUGGCUGGAGGAUCUUUGACUGACGUUGUCACAGAAACCUGCAUGGAUGAAGCCCAGAUAGCUGCUGUGUGCAGAGAGUGUCUCCAGGCGUUGGAGUUCCUCCACUCGAACCAGGUCAUCCAUCGAGACAUCAAGAGCGACAACAUCCUGCUGGGCAUGGACGGCUCCGUCAAACUCACUGACUUUGGGUUCUGCGCCCAGAUCACUCCGGAGCAGAGCAAACGCAGCACCAUGGUCGGGACUCCAUACUGGAUGGCUCCAGAGGUCGUGACCCGUAAAGCCUACGGCCCCAAAGUGGACAUCUGGUCCCUGGGCAUCAUGGCCAUAGAGAUGGUGGAGGGGGAGCCGCCGUACCUGAAUGAAAAUCCACUCAGGGCGCUGUAUCUCAUAGCCACCAACGGGACGCCGGAGCUGCAGAACCCGGAGAAGCUUUCGACGAUAUUCAGAGACUUCCUGAACAGAUGUCUGGAAAUGGACGUGGAGAAGAGAGGGUCCGCUAAAGAGCUGCUGCAGCAUCAGUUUCUGAAGAUGGCGAAGCCUCUCUCCAGUCUGACUCCUCUCAUCGUGGCUGCUAAGGAGGCUGCCAAGAACAACCGCUAGCACACCUUGCACUCAUUAUUCUGUCUAUCCCUCUCUUUCUCUCUCUCUGUCUACCAUCUCCUCCUUCCUCUCUCUUUCUUUGACCUUUGAUCCCAAGCUUGACCCCACCUAAUACCGCGCCCCCCCUCACACCCGUCGACCCUCACAGGGAGAAAGGAGGCUAGUUUCUUCCUGUCACUUUCUUGUCUUCGACACUCCGCUGGACCCAGACAGGAAGCCCAGGGAGGAUAACUGAAUGACAUCGCCCCCGAUCAAGUGAUGUCAUCGUUGACAUCACUUCCACCUCCCCUCAGCCGGUACGAACAACCCACCAUGGGAGAGAGAGAGUGUUUCAACGGAGCCCAAAGACUCAUGGGAGUUUUUUUUAAACAAUGUUUGUUUUUUUGUUACGUUGUCUCUAAAAGUCCCGGACCACAACAGCCAACAAGCACCCUCUGCUGCAGACUGUGUGUGCGUGUGUACGUGUGUGUGCGUUAGCUAAGGUCCUUUUUUUAAAUCAACAUUUCUGUGUGCUGGAGCUUGUUUAUUUUUGGUCACAGGUAGGGGGUGGGGGGAUAUUGAUUGUAAUGUUACCUUCUGUAGUUUUUGACAUGGAGCAGGUGAGGUUUGGUACUUUGUGCCUACAGUGUGAGCUGUGAGUUAAGAGAAUAUUAACAUUAAUGAUGAUACGGAAAGACUGGCGGGCCCGGAGCCAGCGAUGGAGCGAGUUUGGACAGUUGGGGUUUUGAGGGGUCCCUUAAAAAAACAGCCAUUUUAGCUCUAUGAUGUCUUUCCGGUAGAAGGCAGAGUCGAGAUGCAUGCAGAAGGGGAAAAUUGUGAAGAGAGGAAACUCCUGCAACAUUUUAAGUAUGAAGAACACGCUCAAGACUAGCUUGCAUUGUUAAGUGAUCUAAACUUCACGUCAUUCAAACUUCAAAACAAAAAUCACCAAAAUCAUCUUGGUUAGUUUUUGCACUGUUUCAACAACCACCAACUCUGGUUUG